AUGUUAAAGUCUGCGACCAGUCGAGCAAUGAGUUCUGUAACACCGGGCAAAGUGGUUAGUGGCACGGCUCCCCAUUUCUAUGACAUCGGGCUGAAUUUGACGGAUCCGAUGUUCCAAGGUAUUUACCACGGGAAGCAGAAACACGCCUCUGAUAUCAGUAACGUGCUGUUUAGGGCAUCUGAGUGCAACGUUAAGAGUGUCCUGCUGACUGGGUCAUCCUUCACGGAAUCCAAGGACGCAAUGAAGUUGGCACAAGUGUGGAGGGACAAUUCGUUUGCGUUGAACCUAUACUACACUGUCGGUGUGCACCCAUGCUGCGUGAACGAGUUUGCCCUUCAGCACCAGAACCAGACUAUAGACCGGCCGUCUAACGACGAGGAGUACAACUCCCAAUUGCACAAUUCCGUGUCGUCGGAUCCAGCUACUGCGGUAACAAACUUGCGGAAGUUGUUUGAUCUGAUCCAGUUGAGUAUGCAAAACUCACAGUUCAGAGCCAUAGGUGAAAUAGGUCUGGAUUACGAUAGGUUGCAUUAUUCCUCUAGGGAGAUGCAGCAAAUCUUCUUCGAGGAGCAACUCAAACUGUCCUGUCUUGUCAAUGACGAUAAGAAACCGCUGUUCCUCCACAUGAGAAGCUGCGCAGGCGACUUCAUACGCAUCUUGAAAAAAUUUAUCAUUGGAUUUCUGGACCACGAGGACAGAUUCCAAUUGAGAGAUCUCGUGCACGAGGGGGACAAAGACAACGCCAUUUUCUACAAGUUCAACCCGGACAGGAAAUUCGUCGUUCACUCGUUCACGGACUCCCUCGAAGAUUUGAGCAGUCUGUUACAGUUGUCGCCCAACUGUUACAUUGGGAUGAACGGUGCAUCCUUCAGAUCAAGCGAAAACAUCGACUGUGUCCGCGAAGUGCCCCUGGACAGACUGCUCUUGGAGACAGACUCCCCCUGGUGCGAGAUGAAGAGAACGCACGAAUCGGCGAAAUAUAUGGACAACGCGGAUGUGAGCCGGUACCAGUCUGUCAAGAAGGAAAAGUUGGAUAAAAUACCUCGCGAAGAAUGGAACUUGUAUACAGUCAAAGGCAGGAACGAACCAUGCCAUAUGGCCAGCGUAGCCGCGCUUGUUGCGAAUGUGAAGAAAAUUAGUCUCGAUGAAGUUAUCCAGACGGUGUGGUCAACUUCUUGUAAAGUAUAUGGUGAGUGA